UGGAACAACCCCCAAGUGUAUAUCAGAUGAGGAAAGGUGUGUUCUAAUUAAUGGGAGUGCGGUGGACUCCCUCCUCAGCUGCAACCGUGUCUGUGUGCCUUCGUGUAAUGUGGAGGAGCGCCCUAUCCCUGCUGGAACAAAAAAAGGUUUACUUAAAGCAGCUCCCUGGGGAUUGUUUGCAGGGAGUAGCUGGGAGGAACUUUUACUCUCUUCCUAUGAAACAGCUGGGCCGAGGGCAGCAUGAGAAAGACAUCCUACUCAGGAAUCUCAAGGACCUCCAGUGGGAGACUCCGAAGACUUGGCGACCCAACAAGCCCAACUUUGAAGAGAUCUUUUGAGGUUGAAGAGGUAGACCAGCCACCAAAUUCUUCUACUCCACAGAGGCGGACACCAAACACUCUUGUUCGGUCCACAGUGUCCAGCUCUGCACAGAAGUUCCAGGAUCUUGGCACCAGGACGUCAGAGAGUCCUUCCAGACAUGUGGACCCACCUGUACAAAGGUCCCCCAAGUCCUCUCUGAGAAGAGUGGAGCUCUCUGGGCCAAAGCAUCCAGAAGGAGUGUCCAGAAGAACAGAAAUCUCCAUUGAUAUCUCAUCUAAGCAAGUGGAAAAUUCCACCUCAGGAGCUUCAAGAUUUGGCCUCAAAAGAGCAGAUGCCUUGGGGCAUAAGCCUCCGGAGACCACUCCCAGAAGGACUGAGAUGAAUAUAGGUAAGCCCCAGGACCAAGCACUUCGCAGAAUGGAUGUCCCUUCAAAGAUCCCUGAACCAACACAGCGUAGAGUCGAAGCCACUAGUCCACCUAUGCCUGAUGUUGCCACCAGACGUGUGGAGAUCCAGGUAACAAAAUCUUCAGAGGUUCCAGCACCACCAGCCAGGCAGACUGAACAUGUGGAGGUCUUCCCAGCCACUCACCAUCUGCCGCCAGAACCAAAGUUACAGCCAAUAGCAGUGACUGAAAUCCCAUCCAAAAAUCAAGAAGGUUCAGAGGCCAUUCCUAGCUACCCAAGCAGCAUGAUGGAUGCCACUCGAGAUGCAGGCCUCAAGCAAACUGUCCCAGCGCGGACAGAGAAGCCAGCUGCUGACUUUUCCUAUGUUGGGAUCGAUGCCAUUCUUGAGCAGAUGCGGAGGAAAGCCAUGAAACAAGGGUUUGAGUUCAACAUCAUGGUAGUUGGUCAGAGUGGAUUGGGAAAAUCUACUCUAAUCAAUACCCUCUUUAAAUCCAAGAUCAGCCGCAAAUCUGUGCAGCCAAGUUCCGAAGAGCGGAUCCCCAAGACAAUUGAGAUCAAGUCCAUUACACACGAUAUUGAGGAGAAGGGGGUUCGUAUGAAGCUGACUGUUAUUGACACCCCAGGGUUUGGAGACCACAUCAACAAUGAGAAUUGUUGGCAACCCAUUAUGAAGUUCAUCAAUGACCAGUAUGAAAAAUAUCUCCAGGAAGAGCUCAAUAUUAACCGUAAGAAGCGGAUACCAGACACCAGAGUCCACUGCUGUAUAUAUUUCAUUCCUGCCACUGGGCACUCCCUCCGGCCACUGGACAUUGAAUUCAUGAGACGUCUGAGCAAAGUGGUCAACAUUGUGCCUGUCAUUGCCAAAGCAGACACGUUAACGCUGGAAGAGAGGGACUACUUCAAACAAAGGAUCACAGCAGAUCUCCUUGCCAAUGGCAUUGAUGUGUAUCCGCAGAAACAGUUUGAUGAAGACUCUGAAGAUCGGCUCAUAAAUGAAAAGUUUAGAGAAAUGAUUCCAUUUGCUGUCGUGGGCAGUGACCAAGAAUACCAGAUUAACGGAAGGCGAAUUCUGGGAAGGAAGACAAAAUGGGGCACAAUAGAAGUUGAGAAUACGACGCACUGUGAGUUUGCCUAUUUGCGGGAUCUUCUGAUCAGGACACACAUGCAGAACAUCAAGGACAUUACCAGCAGCAUCCAUUUUGAAGCCUACAGAGUAAAACGCUUGAAUGAGAACCAGAACAUGCUCUCCAAUGGUGUGGCUGACAAGGAAGAAUUGGUGGUCAAUGAAAUGUAACACUCCUUUCCUGAGCUAGGACCCAAAUUUACUUUCUUCCUCCUUCCCCAUCCUCCUCUGUUCCUAAAACAAAGCAUAACCAUUCUGCUGGGGUCACUAUUCUUUUCUCCUCUUUACCAUUCAUACCCCACACUGAUGACCAAAUAACAGUAUUUCAUAAAUGAAAGCAAGCCUCGUUCUUUCACAGUCUCCGUAGUGUGAAACGUAUGUUCUGUCCUUUGGGGUGUGGUAAGAGAGCAGUAGGGAGGAGCCCGAAGAUAAUCUAAAGAAGAGAAGCUUUUCUUGGUUUGAUGCCUAACAUCAACAGUUGUGGCCAUGUUUGCACAGAUCUGCUGGUAAAACUGGCCACUUUGCAGGUUGGUGGAGGAUGUGUUACUGAUCAUAGCAGGCCUAGGUUCUUGAGAAUGCGAUCAUGGAACUUGUUAGAGUCAUGCUUUCCUUUUCUGUCAAUCACAAUACAAAGUUCCUGCCUGAAUAUUCAAGUCUACUGGGCUUGGUAGAAAGUUUGUUAUGACUCUUUGGGCAAAAUCCUGUUGUUUGGCAUAGUAAAUCACACUAUAGUAACCCAGUGAAUCAAUGGGGAUUUAGUAAGUCAACUCCUCUGUACGUUCUGCUGAUUCAAAAGGGCCUAUUCUGAACUAUGGCUACUAUGCUAAAGUAAGUCACAGUUAGAGUGUAGCCCAUUUGAAUCAGUGGAAUUUAUGGACUCACCAAAUCCCCAUUGAUUCAGUGAGCCUAAAUUUAGUGUGAUUUACGAUACUAACCAACAGGAUUUUGACCUUUGUCUUGUGCUGUGAUUUCUGGCUAGUAAGUAUGAGGCAUGGCUGUAUUAAGGGGACUGCCAAGUAUUCCUCACUCCGUCCAUGCAGCCUAUCCUCAUAGAGCAGUAUCAAAUCAGGGUGUGUUGAAAUUGCAGAAGAUUGAUCCAGGUGAGGAAGCCCACUUUAUCAAAUAUUUGGAGAGGCCUGGUGGGGUUCAUAUAGAUGUUAGACAGAAAGUGCCACAAGAUCUUCCCUGCUACAUAUAGAAGGAGGAGAAGAGAGCUUAGAGAGAGACUAAUUUCUUCCUUCUUUGUGUCAGUGGUUCAGGGCUAUGGAAAUUCUUCUGAUAUAGUUGAUUUAUCUAGUGCCAAAGGUUUACUGUCUGGUAAGCCAGAAGUGGGUGGGUGUCUCUUUUUUUGUUUGGUAUAUUUGUCAUUUUUGUGUGUUUCUCUCUCUUUCUCUUUCUGUAUUAACACUAUCCAUUUAAGGUGAAAAAAAUUUUUUUUUACUAGAGCUGGCUUUUAACAUAAAGGUUGAAUGACAGAGAAAGGAGUUACAAUCACGUGGCACAAUUCCACUCAACACUGUGUACCUCUUGCUCCCGCAUGUCUAAUCUUUCUCCCAUUCUUUUUUCAAAAGUCAGCAAUAAUAUGGGGCCAGCUUGUUCACUAGAAAAGAGAAAGCAUGCCAACUAUGUGACAAGUAUGGCAACUCAAAUAACUAGAGACUGCUGUUGGCAAGCGAAGACCUUUGUGAAUUUUAGAAGGGCAUCCUCUUCUUUCCACCAUCUCCCCGUCCUCCAGAGCUAAAACCUCAAAUCCUGUCACCUUCUUAGAUGUCUGUGUCUUUGCUGUGCAUGCACUUGAUUCAGACUUCUGUUCAAAUGCCUAGUGUAUGCUUGCAUGUGCUGGAGUUGUACAUAGUUUCCACAAAACGAAUGUGGAAAACCCCUAGUCUUCACAAUGUUUUUGCUGACUUUCUCUUGUUUCCCCUUCUUUUCCAACUAUUUAAAGAAGCUAGAGAGAAGCUUCAGUUCUGGAUAGGCUUGUGUUUCUCAGUGUGCAGUUUCUGUGUGUAGCCCCUCUGACUGUGGCUCCCCGGGUGUGCAAACUGUAGACAUGCCAGUACACAUGGGUCAUUUCUGUGUGAAAAACUGUACUCUUUAUGUGGACUGGCCCGGGGUCUUGCACACAUUUGCAGUUUAGAACUUUUGGCCCAAAGUACAGAGUCAUCAAGAGUGCCAGUUUACCCAAUAUUCUUGUGCACAUUAUCUCAGUUCCUGCGGAUGGGUCAAGAUCACAUCUAGGCUGUUUGCUUGUGGCAACUGGCCCUAAGCUUUAACAUAAUAGGCCAACAUUUAGUAUGAGCUAUUCAGAGAGCGGUUUUAACAUAGACUCCAUUCAGAUCUUCCGGCCAGUCUUACUAUUUUUCAAGUGGAACAUGCUUUCUAUCCCUUCCUUCUGAGGAAGUUUGAAGUUGUUCAGGUGCCAUUUUCCCAUAACAUUAAUGUCCGGGAGGGGAGUAAAUGGAACCUUCAUUUAGAAGGCCUGAAACCCUGGCUGGUAAUAGUGAUCUUAUGAAGAAGGCCAGCCAGGAGAGCCUAGCUUUCUCUUCUUCUCGGGAAACAACUUGCCAGCUCCGGAAUAUUGCCUUCUCUUUUUGUGCUGUACGUCACUGGUCCAUUUGGGACAGACAAGCUCUGUGCUGCCCUCUUGUGGAGUCCUGGGAAAAGGAAUCAUACAUGCUGAUUCCUGGCUUUCACAAAGGGCAGGCCUUACAUUUUCACCUUGCUUAUUCCAGGCACCAGAGUGACCCACUCUCAGCAGGCAAACACGCCUGAGAAGAAUGCUUCACACCUUAACAUGUCACAGUAGAAUUCCAAGGGAUGGCCCCUUUCUCUGGCAGGUGUCCCUAAAAGAAACUUGUCAAACUGAGCUUCACCCAACACUGCCUGUUACCUUAUUUUGCUGCUUCUGUCCUGGCCACAUGCUUUUCUUUCCAUUAAUCCAAGCUCUCAGGCAUUUUGUUGUGCAGUUCAAUCCCAUGAUGAGUAUACUUUUUGCUCAGAGCCUGUCAUACAUUUUCUGUUUUAAGUAAGUCUAAACUGUCCUUUUAACUUCUAUGUUGUCCCUCCCAAACUAAAACGAAAAAUAAAAAUAGUAAUUAUGGAGGAAUCUUUACUGAGCUGUGUUAAGCUGAGGAAAAUUAUUUUUUUUACUUGCUGACUUGCUAUAUUUUAGCAAAAUAAAAAUCGUGUAUUAACUAAAUAUAUAUAUUUCAAGUGGUUAAGACUAUGAAAUGGGUAACUAUGAAAUGAAGAAUGUCUUUUGCCCCUUUAGAUGCAGGAAAAAAAAUGCAUCAUGUCUUGUUUGCCAAUAUCUCAGCUAGAGAAAGCAAGACAGAAAUGGCUUUCUCUUUUUAUAUUGGGUGGGGAGGGGAGUUACUGAAUAAAAAAACCCACAUCCAAAUCUAUAAAAACAAAAAUUGCCUUUUUGAGGAUUGUAUGCAUUAUGACAAAUUCAGUCCUGUUUUGUAUAAAUAAUAGUGUUUAAUAUGUAUUUCCCAAAAAUAAAUGUUUCAAAUGGAAAAUUU